CCAAAAUAGACAACAUCUCUUCCCCUCUUACAAUGAACGUGCUAUAUGCACCUAUAACUUGACAUCUUCAAGAUCUAUCAAUAACUACUGUAGUAUCGCUGUUGUUAUGUUAUCGCGAGAACAGCAAAUGACUAGAGAGCGAGCAAGGAACUAGCAGCAAACAAGAAACGGACAUGUGGAAAUAAAGGAGUUGAAGUUAAACAAAGACUGUUUUAUUGAGGAACACAACAUUUUGGCGACGAGGAAACGGUUUAUCACGAACCCAGAAGCAAGAAAGGACGACUAGGAUUCUACGUCCAUACUGAAAAAAAAAGUGAGAAGACACCUGUAUCGUGUUGACCAUGUCGAACGGCGAUGGUCCCGGAGCCGGAGCCGCGCUGGGACAAGCUGCACCUGAACCCAGAGCAUCAGGAGAGACGCCAGCCAUGCUUAUGUUUGGACGAGACAUCCGCACCAAGUGUCCAACUCUGGAGAAGGCGAGUGAAGUACCAAAAGAAAAGGAGAAAACUGUUGAUAUCAGAAGCCAUCACACGGAGUACAAAACUAAAACGAAACAGUAUGCUGACCAGUACAACAGAGCAAAGGAGCACAACUUUAAAGUUGGUGAUGUUGUUUACAUUGCUAGUAUGGAGAACGGAAAGCUGGAUUCUACUUUUAAAGAUGUCAGAUAUGUUCUUUUGAGAAACACAGCCGACAAUUCUUUUGAGCUGGUCAAUACAGAGGAUGGAUCAAAAGUGAUCAGGAAUGUCAAACAUCUACGACAUACGCCCAUUAUAAUGGACUUUGAUGUUCCUGAGCAUCCAUUGGUUCAUGCUCAAAUCAACAGUGAUUCUGUGGAUGUGCCGAUUGCUAAUACCGACCAUGCAACCGAGAGACCACCUGAACCGGACCCAACUGUAUCUGAUAUCAUCACUACCAGGAAGGGCCGAGUGAUAAGAAAGCCCAUCCGAUACAGAGAGACUUGAAAAGAGAGACUAUAAGUUUGUUUGUUGUUAUAUGUGAGACAACUUGUAUUGAUGUAAAAAGAAAAAAAAAAUCUUGCAUUCUAAACAAAGGAGGAAUAUGUAGUAUCGCUGUUGUUAUGUUAUCGCGAGAACAGCAAAUGGUCAGCAGCUAACAAGAAACGGACAUGUGGAAAUAAAGGAGUUGAAGUUAAACAAAGACUGUUUUAUUGAGGAACACAACAACUACCAUUAAACAAAUAUCAUAUAUGGUCCAGACUAUUAUGACAAUAAUAUUCCCAUGAAACCUUAACUUUGGGUGCGUUUGGACUACGUCAAA